UAUUAAAGCUGCUAACCCCUCAAAGUGGACCAAACAAGAAACACCCAAGUCAUCAUUGUUACUUCAAUUAAUACUCCUAACUCUCACUUCUCUCUCUCUAACCAUUUGUUCUCUCUAUCUAACCUUGAAAACCAAUCUACUCUACUACUACUCUUCUAACCAAAAAAAACCAAACGCUUAAAUUUAGUCUUUUACUCCUCUUUAUAUAUGAGUAGUUUUUUCAGUUUAUCUCAAUAAUAAUCUCAGCUCUCAUAAAAUCCCUUUGGCGCCAAAAAUGACACAGUUACAAUGUGUUCUUGCUGGGGGAGAAGGAGAAGGAGAAGAUGGUAACAGAACAGUUAUUGUUGGAGUAAAGAUGGAUGGUGCAAGUAGAGAGCUAUUAACAUGGGCUCUUGUCAAAGUUGCUCAACCUGGUGAUCGUGUCAUUGCUCUUCAUGUUCUUAACAAUAAUGAAAUUGUAGAUCGUGAUGGGAAGUCCUCACUGUUAUCGUUGGUCAAAGCAUUUGACUCUGUUCUUGCAGUUUAUGAAGGCUUCUGUAAUCUGAAGCAGGUGGAUCUUAAGCUAAAGAUCUGCAGAGGUACAUCAAUCCGAAAAAUUAUUGUUCGUGAGGCGAAUUCUUACUUAGCAACAGAUGUUAUAGUCGGGGCUGCCAAUCAUACAAUUCGAUCAUCAGCUUCAGUUGCAAAGUACUGUGCUAGAAAGUUGCCAAAAGAUUGUUCAGUCUUGGCUGUUAAUAAUGGAAAAAUUGUUUUUCAAAGGGAGGCCUCAUUAGCAUCGUAUGCCAGUUCAAAAGAACUUGAGCAUCACCAUGGGAAUCGUUUGCUUAGUGUAAUUCAGAGGACACUGACUAAGAACUCUAGAGCAUUAAACGACAGCACCGGGUUGAGGCCAACAAAUUCCUGCAGGCAAGAUGGUUAUCAGACUCUGGGUGAGGCAUUACUGAAAGCUGCUUCUGCAUCAGCAGAGAAUUCCCUUCAACAGAACUGUUCAAUCUGUUCACCAGGCAGUCCACUGCCUGAUAAUUCUUGUAUCCAAACACAUGAAGAGCCUUCAGACAAUAACCAUGAUGAUAAUUCAAUGGCGAUAGUACCCGUGCAGAGGCAGGAGUCAGGUUCUAGUUCAAUUACAUUGCUGAUCAAGGAUUUGCCUGAAGUGAGACCUGGUUGGCCAUUGCUUAGCCGAGUCAUUUUAUCAAAUCAACAAGCUGCAGACACUUCAUCAAUAAGAAAACUCUCUGUUGUUCAGUGGGCAUUGUGUCUGCCGAGUAGACAUCUUUUGUGCAUUGAGGAUUCAGAGAAGAGAGAUCAACAGUCUGCUGCUGAUGAAACUCAUGCUCCCGUGCUAGAUGAAGAAAGUGGUGCAAUUGUUCCUGUCAAUCACGAGACAACAUCCUCCAAAUCGUCUCCGGACAAUUCACCAAGAACCUUACCAAGAGAAUUGGAGGGACUUCAUGAGAAGUACUCUGCAACGUGUAGAUUAUUUAAAUUCCAGGAACUUCUCUUAGCAACCUUGAGCUUUUCCUCAGAGAACAUUAUUGGUAAAGGAGGAAGCAGCCAGGUUUUCAAAGGCUGCCUUCCUGAUGGCAAGGAACUGGCUGUGAAGAUCUUAAAACAAUCUGAAGAUGCAGUGCGAGAGUUUGUUUUGGAAAUUGAGAUUAUUAUUGCCUUGAGUCACAAAAACAUAAUCUCCCUAUUUGGAUUCUGUUUUGAGGACAACCGCCUUCUCCUUGUAUAUGAUUUUCUAUCAAGGGGGAGCCUUGAAGAGAAUCUACAUGGUAAUAAUAAGGAUCCACUUGUGUUUGGGUGGAAAGAGAGAUACAAAGUCGCUGUUGGUGUUGCUGAAGCACUAGAAUAUCUUCAUGGCAGAGAUGAUCAGCCAGUGAUCCACCGUGAUGUAAAAUCAUCAAAUAUACUACUGUGUGAUGAUUUUGAGCCGCAGCUCUCUGACUUCGGACUAGCUAAAUGGGCAACAACCACCUCAUCUCAUAUUACAUGCACCGAUGUAGCUGGAACCUUUGGUUACUUGGCUCCUGAAUAUUUCAUGUAUGGAAAGGUUAAUGACAAGAUUGAUGUAUAUGCAUUUGGAGUAGUACUUCUUGAGCUUCUUUCAGGAAGAAAGCCCAUAAGUAGCAAUUGCCCGAAGGGUCAAGAGAGUCUGGUUAUUUGGGCAAAGCCAAUUCUAACUAGUGGGAAGUAUGCCCAAUUACUAGAUCCACAGUUGAGUUCUGAUUAUGAUUGUGAGCUAGUAGAAAGGAUGGUGCUUGCUGCUGCCCUUUGUAUCAGACGUGCUCCACGAGCUCGUCCACAAAUGAGCAUUGUUUCAAAGCUGCUCAAAGGCGAUGCUGAAACAACCAAGUGGGUAAGGUUACAAGUCAAUGGUUCAGAAGGAUCCGACACAAGGCUACCAAUAAAUGCCAUGGAAGGGGCCGAUAUGUUGGAAGAUGACACUUUUUCACAGUCUAAUCUCCGGUCACACCUUAACCUUGCAUUCCUUGGUGUUGAGGAGGAUUCUCUCUCAAUGAGCAGCAUUGAGCACAAUGUCUCAUUAGAGGACUAUUUACGAGGGAGGUGGAGCCGGUCAUCAAGCUUUGACUAACCAAUUUUCUUCUAGAGAUCAAGUACUCGUUCCAUUAAUGAUUUUUGUGUAUAGUGUCUCUUUCAUUUUUACUCAUUGCCUUCAACUAGAAGGUCGGUCGGGGUUAUUUGGUGGGUUUUGGAUGAGAGGUUGUUAUGGUGGUGCCCUCCUCCUCCUCCCCUCUUAGUCAUAUUAACUAGAUAACAUUUUGAUGUGCAAGUUUUGUGGGAGAAGGGGUCAGUGAUCUUCUCAAUCAGAAAUCAAGAACUGACCUUAAACUAAGUGUAUAUGUAUUAAAUAAACUCUUGUCAAAAUUGAGAAUCAUAGCAAUAAUUCCUCUGAAUUUCUCAGCAAAAUGCUAAUGAAAUACGAGUAUUCUUGGUU